AACGGUUACAUCGGCUGUAAAUCCCCCUCAGACACGGUAGCCAUGUUCUACAUCCGCAGCUACAAAUACAGAAAAAUAGAACAGGAAUUGCGUUGUAUUACUCCGCCCAAAAAAAUAAACUUUUAAUUUAAAGGCCUGUAAUUAUUUAAACGUGAUGAAUGUCAUUUAGCUACGAAGCAACAGCCAUUCUGCAGCAAUGUGUCCUCUCCUACAGCAGGCUGCCAUUUCUACCUCCCCCUCUACGGUGAAACAAACACAACAUGUGUUCUUCCGCAGAGGGCUUGCGCUUUUUCUUUUGAGGGGGAGGGGGUUUAAAACAAACAUAUCUCCACAACUGACCGACGGCCAUUAAAAUUCACUCCGAGUUAUAGUUAGCCCAAGAAUAGCUUGGCGGUUUUUUAUUUGCUCGUGGGGGACGGUGUUUUGCGGGGUAAACCGUACGUCGCGCACUAUUUGUCGCUUCGCGGAGAAAUACUCGACGCAGCCGGGACUUUAUGUGAGCCGAGCUGAAUGGAGGCAGCCUCUCUUCCUGGUGGAUAAACAGUGACAGCUACAGGGCAGCCACCUAGACCCACCACACAGGCUGUGGCGCUGCCCUGGCAAACAACACCAAAAUGGCUUCAGACAGUACACACAUCGCGCAGUUGACUUCUGAACUGUACUUCCUAAUAGCCCGAUUUCUAGAAGCUGGACCAUGUCAAAAAGCAGCCGAGACCCUGAUAAGGGAGGUGGAGGAGAAGGAGCUGCUACCCAUAAGGCUGGACUGGACAGGGCAGGAACACCCCGGGACGUACGAAAAUUUGGUGAAGCUAUACCGGCACAUCAGUCCAGACCACCUGCUGCAGGUCUGCUCCAGAGUGUGUCCGCUGCUGGAGAGCGAGGUCCCUGCCAGUGUGCCUGGACUCAGCAGCCUGCUAGGGGCCGGCAGGCAGAAUCUGCUCCGCUCCAGCAAGAGCUGCAAGAAUGUUGUAUGGAAGGGCUCAGCGCUGGCCGCGCUGCACUGUGGACGACCACCGGAGCCGCCUAUUAUCUACGGGAGCCCGCCUAAUAUUGUGGAGACGAGCUUUGGCCGUCGCCUGAACGGCUCCUACCGGCUCAGGCAGCUGCUGCCCACGGCCGUGUACCUGCACAUGAAGAUGCACAAGAGGAUCCUGGGACACCUGUCGUCCGUGUACUGCGUCACCUUCGACAGGACGGGACGCCGCAUAUUCACGGGCUCGGACGACUGCCUCGUGAAGAUCUGGGGAACAGAUGACGGCCGUCUGCUGGCGACGCUGCGCGGCCACGCCGCUGAGAUCUCCGACAUGGCCGUCAGCUACGAAAACACCAUGAUCGCCGCCGGGUCCUGUGACAAGACCAUCAGGGUGUGGUGCUUGCAGACCUGCGCCCCUCUGGCCGUCCUGGAGGGACACGCUGCCUCUAUCACCUCACUGCAGUUUUCUCCUUUCUGUUGCGGCUCAAAGCGCUACCUGUCGUCCACCGGAGCCGAUGGCACCAUCUGCUUCUGGCAGUGGGAUGCACGCACGCUCAAGUUUGGUCAAAGGCCCAGUAAAUUCACGGAGCGUUCCAGACCUGGCGUCCAGAUGAUCUGCUCCUCCUUCAGCGCAGGUGGUAUGUUCCUGGCCACAGGAAGCACAGAUCACAUCAUCAGGGUGUACUACUUUGGGUCAGGCCAACCUGAGAAGAUCUCAGAACUUGAGUCCCAUACAGACAAAGUUGACAGCAUCCAGUUCUCACAUUGCAGUGACAGGUUUGUAAGCGGCAGCAGGGAUGGCACAGCCCGAAUCUGGCAGCUGCAGCCUCAGGGCUGGAGGAGCAUUCUGCUGGACAUGCAGACCAAGUUACCCGGGAAAUACAACCCUCCUCCGCUGGAAGACAAGGUGACCAAACUGAAGGUUACCAUGGUAGCAUGGGACCGCCACGACCGCACAGUGAUCACGGCAGCCAACAAUCUGACGCUGAAGGUGUGGAACUCCACCACCGGCAACCUGGUCCAUGUCCUGAUGGGUCAUGAAGAUGAGGUGUUCGUCCUGGAGCCGCAUCCGUUUGAUCCGCGAAUCCUUUUCUCAGCGGGGCAUGAUGGGAAUUGCGUUGUGUGGGACCUGGCCCGAGGAGUCAAGAUUCGCUCCUAUUUCAACAUGAUCGAGGGCCAAGGCCACGGAGCGUUGUUUGACUGCAAAUGUAGUCCAGAUGGGCAACAUUUUGCAGCCACUGACUCCCACGGGCACCUGCUCAUCUUUGGCUUUGGCUCCAGCAGCAAGUAUGACAAGAUAGCGGACCAGAUGUUCUUCCACACGGACUACCGGCCACUGAUCCGAGAUGCCAACAACUACGUGCUGGACGAACAGACGCAGCAGGCGCCACACCUGAUGCCCCCUCCCUUCCUGGUGGAUGUGGACGGGAACCCCCACCCACCCAGAUACCAGCGGCUGGUGCCUGGCAGGGAGGGCUGCAGGGAUGAGCAGCUCAUCCCGCAGAUGGGGGUCACUUCCUCAGGCCUGAACCAAGUGGUGAGUGAGCAGGCGGUGGACGGCUCCAGUCCUCUGGAUACCAUGAUCCAGAGGCUGCAGCAGGAACAGGACCAAAGACUGGGAGCCAAUGACACCAGGUCCAACAGAGGAUCGGUGGGUUCGCCCACAGAGGUGCACUCUCCACCCAACGUGGGUCUGCGUCGCAGCGGGCAGAUCGAGGGCGUCCGCCAGAUGCACAGCAACGCCCCCCGCAGCCAGAUGGCCACAGAGGGAGACCUGGUGGCCUGGAGCCGCAGGGUGCUGGUCCCGGAGCUGGAGAACGCCUCUGUCAGAAGACAGUUAAACUGGCGUGAAGCCAAAGGGGAAGAGGAGAUUAAUAUUUAUCAGUCAGAGAGGAGGCGACGUACCAUCCACUCUCUCCCCAAGGAGAGCAGGGUUCACCCGACAGCCGAGCCGGUUGACGAGGGGAGGAGGAGCCAGGGUAACCACGGCUACCACACACGUGCAGCUAUGGAGGAGACGAGCCGCCAGAGCGCCGAGGCUGCCGACGACGACGAAAGCACCUCAGAGGUAGACACGGGAGAGGUGGAUGUUCGGCAAAUCAACGGGCAUUCCUCCUCCGAGGAGAAGGAAGAGGAACCAAAGGAGCCCUGGCCGGAUGACCACAGUAGUUCAAGUGACUACUCCAGCGAUUACUCCGACUGGACGGCGGACGCCGGGAUCAACCUCGAACCGCCCAAGAAGAGCGUGAAGGUGAAAAAGAAAAGCAGCAGCUCGGAGGAAGACGGGGAGAAGAAGAGGGACGGGAAGAAAGAAAGAAAGAAAGAUAAAGCAGACAAAGACGACGCAUUACCAAAGAAGAAGAAGCCAAAGGAGAAGAGGAAGAGGGCCGAGUUUCAGGAGCAAGGGCUAACCCUGGAGGAGUGGCUUCCUUCUGCCUGGAUCACAGACACGGUCCCCCGGAGAUGUCCCUACAUACCCCAGAUGGGAGACGAGGUGUACUACUUCAGACAGGGGCAUGAAGCCUAUGUGGAGAUGGCCAAACAAAAAAAGAUUUACAGCAUCAACGCUAAGAAGCAGCCCUGGCACAAGAUGGAGCUACGGGAGCAGGAACUGAUGAAGAUAGUUGGCAUCAAGUAUGAGGUCGGCCUGCCCACACUGUGCUGUCUGAAGCUGUCCUUCCUGGACCCUGACACGGGCAAACUGACCGGAGGAUCCUUCUCUAUGAAAUACCACGACAUGCCUGAUGUGAUCGACUUCCUGAUACUGCGGCAGCAGUUCGACAACGCCAGAAGGAGGCAGUGGAGUAUAGGUGACAGGUUUCGGUCGGUGAUUGACGACGCCUGGUGGUUUGGGACCAUUGAGAGCCAGGAGCCCUACCAGCCGCAGUAUUCUGACAGCCUGUUUCAGUGCUACAAUGUCUGCUGGGACAACGGAGACACCGAGAAGAUGAGCCCUUGGGACAUGGAGCCCAUACCUGAUGAUGCCACCUUCCCUGACGAGUUAGGCACGAGUGUCCCGCUGGUAGAGGAGGAGCAGAAGGAGCUGCUGUACGUCCCACUGGACGGGGAAUGGGGCUGCCGCACACGCGCAGAGGAGUGCGAACGCAUCAUCAAGGCCAUCGACCAGCUCUGCACACUCGAUGUUGCCGCGCCGUUUGCCUUUCCAGUGGACCUCCAAGCUUACCCCACGUACUGCACGGUGGUGGCCUACGUCACUGACCUGAGCACCAUACGGGAGAGGCUGGUCAACCGCUUCUACAGGCGGCUGUCCUCUCUGAUGUGGGAGGUUCGUUACAUCGAACAUAACGCACAGACGUUCAACGAGCCCGGAUCGUUCAUCGUCACUACGGCCAAGUUUGUCUCCGACCUCAUGCUCCAAUUCAUUAAGGACCAAAAUCUGACGGACCUCAAGCCCCUUUACAAAACUAUGAAGAAGGCGACCUUCUCGGACUCUGAAGAUGAGGACGAUGAGGAAGAGGAUGAGGAUACUAAUACUCCUGGAACAUCCACACGAAACCAUAAGGGCCGUCGACCCACUCAGCGGCAACUGCGAACCCGACCCCCGUCGUACGACCCCCAUGCGUGGCGGGGCAGCUGUAAGGAGCUGCUGGACCUCAUCUUUCAGUGUGAAGACUCGGAGCCCUUCAGAGAACCCGUGGACCUGCAGGAAUACCCGGACUACCUGCAAAUAGUUGACUCGCCGAUGGACUUUGGCACCGUUCUCAACACGCUCAAAGAUGGAAAGUACCAAUCUCCCAUCGAGCUCUGCAAAGAUGUCCGCCUCAUUUUCAGCAAUUCCAAAGCUUACACGCCCAGUAAGAAGUCUCGGAUCUACAGUAUGAGUCUGAGGCUCUCUGCACUGUUUGAGGAGCAUGUCAGCUCCAUUUUGGCCGACUACAAAGCCAUCCACGGCCUGACCAAUAAACUGACCAGACAGGGGACGGACAGACAGACACGACACACUACGGACAGACAGACACGUCACGCCAUGAAGAGGAGGAGGAGGAGCGAAUCUCCAGCUAGCAGCACCGCGUCCAGUCCAGAGAGGAAGAGACGUGUAUCAUCCAGGGGGACGGGAAAAAAGGAGCCAUCACCACCACCUUCACGGGCCUCCUCUCUGAGACAGAGCGUCCCCGUCAAACAGCCCCCUCAGCUGGUCAACGGGAAGGUGGACACAGCGGCCGCAGGGCGUACGCGGAGCGCGGCUCGCCAUUCUACACACUCUCCACCCUCCUCUUCCUCCUCCUCACAUAACGCUGGAGGCAGCACACAGAGCGCAGCAGAGUCCACUCGCUCGCUGAGGGCUCAUAACUCUGUGUCAGCUUCAACAACGGCAGCUCCUCAAAGGUUGACACCCUCUCCAGCCGCAGACAGUAACAGUGGGGGAAGCACCCGGAGGAAACUCAGGACUCCUGUACGACUCACACCUGGAUCUCCUGCCAGCCCUUCAUCUCCAAGCACAGUCCACUUGAACGGCCACAGUAGUCAUGUGACGCUGGGAGUGGGGAGGAGGGGGCGGAAAUCCAAAGUGGAGCCACCGGCGAGUCCUCCAGAAGUUCCGGCUCCGGAGAGCCCUUCGAGACCCAGAGGCCGCCCUCCGGGCAAGAAGAGGGGCAGGAAGAGCAAGCAGGAGCUGGAGGAGAUGAGCCGGAGCUCCUGCAAGCGCACCACCCCCGACGAUGAGCUCGACCAAUCGACGGGGGACGAAGGCGGGACGUCUUCUGCUCAGGAAACGUCUGUGCUGUCGGACUCCGGCGCGCCGUCGACACCGAGGCGGCGGGGCCGGCCCCGAGCGGUGAGAACUGAUGAAGCCGCUCCUCCCGCCGAGUCGCCGGAGCCGUCUCCACUGAGGAGGAGCAGCAGGAGGGCCAACGAAGAGGCCACGCCCCCUCCCCAGACUGCUCCUCAACGAUCCAAUCAGAGGGAGUCUCCAAACGAGGAGGAAGGAGACGAGGCUGGAGGGUCCAUGCGCACACGUAACCAGGGCCGACGGUCGGCCUGGUACAUGGAAGAGGACUCCGAGGAGGAGCAGAGGCAGCUGCUGUUUGAGGACUCGUCAAUCACGUUUGGCACCUCCUCAAAGGGACGUGUUCGCAAGCUGACAGAAAAGGCCAAAGCCAACCUCAUAGGCUGGUAACCGGGACAACGGAACAGACGAACCGGAUGUGAAGAGGAGGCCGACUGCCCAUGACAGAGAAGAAAUCUGCCUGAGACUGGGCUAAAGCGAGGAAGUAAUGCUUGGUGUUGUGUGCAUCUGUACGCGCGUAAUGGGGGAACUUCUAGUCCAGCUGCUGCUAUGGCGACGGAGAGACACAACAGCGCGGUUAUCUGUCCACUCCUCCCUCCUCUCGGCCCAGAAAGUCCAUCGCCACGCCAACCGAUGGCUUUCCGACGGCAAGGCUAAUCACUUGUUCCACCUCCUCCUACAUUUUUGGUCCAUGUUGGAUCCCACGGGAGCUCACUGACUCUGGUGGUCUCAUCUGGUCUCGCGCCUGUCCAGUGAACCCCUUCUCACCUCCGUCUGCCCUGAAACACUGUCGGUGUCCGACCGGACACAACAGUAGUCAAAAGUGUUUUAGUACUUGAAAGAAAUCCCAAGGAGAGCUGGAUGUAUCUUAUCCCACUCUUUGGAUUUUUUCGAGUGUCUCUGCUGGGUCUGUGACGGCUGACAACGCGCCCCCCCCCCCCCCCCCCCCCCCCCCCCCCCCCCCCCCCCUUCUCCUUUGUCCCCACUCUUUUUUUAUACAACCCUCUCUCUGCUUUUUCUAAAGAUUUGUACGUGAUGAUCGGCUCUCUGUUUUGGAAGUCCUACACGUCUAACCUGAGUGUGUCUGCGCUAAAAUACCAAAUGGUGUACCUUUUUGUUGGUACUGUAGAACUGUAGGUUUUGUUUUCUGUGGGUGGGUGUGUUCUUUUUUUUUCUUUUCUUUUUUGCAUGUUAAUUAGAAAGGAAAAAAGCGUCUCUUUUUUUUCCCCUUAGAAGCUGUUUUUACCGUGAGGAGAAAAAGGAUGCAUGGGUGAAAGGGGUCAUUUACACGUCUCGACAGAUCAUGUUCCCAAUGGGUCCUCAACAUUAGCAAUACCUUGUGCCUUUAUGUCUUUGGUGUGUGUGUGUGUGUGUGUGUGUGUGAGCGUGUGCGUGCUCGUGCAUGUGCGUGUGUGUGUGUAUAAGCGUGCUUGGCCUCCGCCCCGCAAAGUACAUGUGCCUGUAUGUGUACGGAGAAGUCGUGACCGUGUGAGUUUGCGGAACCGAAGGAGUGUGUGUUUUUACAACACAACUGAGUGUGUCAUUCACUUUGAGCGUACAAACAGUGGCAUACAGUUCGAUGGUUGUGAAACCUCUCGAAGAAAUGUAUUUAUAGCAGUUGGAAAAAAAAGACUUUACUGUUGUUGUAAAACCAUAAAUCAUGUCAAUAUAUCUAAUACUAUAAGCAAGCUAUGGUCAGUUUCUACCUACGGUACAGCCGGUGGAGUUUUGGGUGACUAGCUUUGAGAUGCACUUACCACAGGCCGGUUAUCAAUGCAGUCGUAGGGAGUAACCCUGUGUAUUUUAAAUAUUGUUAACAUAUAAAAAUGAACUUUUUAAAUGUUGAUAUCUUUCUAUGGUGACCACACACAUGCACGCACCCAAAUCCACACACAAUUCUGUCUCUCGCGUUCUAGCACUUUUGUCACGCUUGGAGCAAACGGGAUCGAGCCAGAUCAAACUGGAUCGGACUGAAGUUGGACGAAAAAGCCGAGAGCGGGAUAAAACAAGUCUUAUAUUCAUCUUUUUGAUCGUGUGCCUUCGCUACGCUGGCAUAGUGAAUCCUCGGUUUCUGCUUUCGGGGCCUUUUUUUCUUUUGGACCUCUUGGUUGUGCGCAUCGCUGGGUUCAGAGAACUGGACUUCGGGGACUGGACUGGACCUGAUUGUCCUGUCUUGAACAACUUGGAUGGGGACAAACAUGAUGUGUCACUCUCUCUCUGUACACACAACUAAUGGACUGAGUUUAUAAGGAUGCCCGGGUCUGUUUUUACCCCAGCGCAGGGCAACUGAAGGCCAAAAUCAGCUGAUCGUGUUGUGGGUUUGAACUGGACGGUAGUCCCUACAUACACCCGGUUUGUUUUCACAGCUCUUUCUUGUCACAUAUUAUUGAACAUAUAUAUCUGUUUAUCACUGCUUUUUUUUGGAUGUGUUAAUGCCAAAUUCUGUCUUUGGGCACUGACGUUUUAGAACAUGGCUUUUGAAUGUGUUUAUUUUCCGUCUCCACGGUGAGCGUGUUGAGCUCUUUCAUGUGUAAUGUGUCAGCUGUUUUCUGUCCGUGUGGCGGCCAUACAGGACAAUGUUCCAGUGACUAGAUCUGUGGAGUUAGAAUGGCGUUUUCUACUCUGUCACACUUAUUUGAGGAUACAAUUAACAACCGUUCUUUUCCCCCCCACUCCGUCUGGCUUAUAGCGACUUCCCAGAAGAUUUGUUUAUAUUGUGUAUACAAAGAGUUUUAUUCCGGAUCGAGACAGCCUAAAACACUGACACUUUUCUUCACAAAUGACUGUUGGCAUGAGCAUAAAUGUUAUUAUUGGGGUUUGAAUUAAAGAUAGGAAGAAGAUAGGAGCUGAUGCAUUUUGAGGGCAAAUAUAAACUCUUUGUGGGCACAUAAAGCUUCUUUUUUUUUUUUUUAUCAAUUGCAAAUAGUCACAUUUACAUACUGUAUAUGUGCAGAUUAUCAGAAAUAGAGGGUGAAAACAAGAUUUUAGACCCAGGCUUCUCAAACCAUAGGUAUGAGCUCAAACAUAUGUUUACACGAGCCAACU